AAGUGGAGCGGUUAAAAGCAGCACUUGGACGCAUCAUGCCGGUGCAGAGCAAGUAGCUUGACGUUGAGUUUUGUGGCUACUGUUGCUUUGACCCAGGCUGCCCGCCUGCAGAAAUGGCUUGUGGAAUUUAUUUGGGGGUCUUGCUGCUUUGCUACCUUCAAGCAGAGCAUGUACGCUGUUUGUGGGCUUCUCGACAAGCUCAAGGCAAGACAUAUGUUGGCUUUGUGCAAGAUGGCGGCGGCAGCGAUCCAAGACGUGCCGGCAAAGCUCCCCAGAAUCAAUUCAGACAAGCGGCCCAGGUUCGAGCCCCAGUCCAAAGUGGCAGUAGUGCCGAAGUCUCCGCUCAAGGCGGCAAACCUUCGUCUGGCGGCGGCGGCUACUCGUCACUCAAGGUGGUCCGCCGCCGCCCCGUGGCCGUGUCUCUCAAGAAAGCGGUGCCGGUCAAGCCCCAGCGGGUGAGCCUCUCAACGGCCAUCGCGAGUUCUGGCUCCCUGAGCAGGUUCAACCCGCCGAAGUCCGACCUGGCGGUCGGACCGCUUCAAAGAUUCCAGAAACCGAACAGCGGGCAACGCGCUGAGAAGUCGUCUGGCUUUUUCUCGACAAGUUACGGCAAACGCAAGUUCUUGGCCAACAUGCGGACGUCAGCCAACGGCGCCGCCACCAAAGUCCUGAUUGGGCAGAAACCAGCAAGACUGCAAAAAACCUUUCCGAACCACAACCAGGGUCACCAUGUGGGCCAAAGUAAUAAAGCGCAGCAGGCGAGCGGAGGCCGGUCCGGGGCGGGAUCCGACGGGGAACGCUACGCCCCCACGAACGUCCUGAUCAUCCCCAGCCGCUACGGUGGCUUCCCCAUCAGGCGCCUGAAGGACCCCGCGUCCCAGAAGAAACAAAAGGUGGCCCCCCAGAAGCCUGCUACCAGCUGGGCUCACACUGGCACGAAGUGGGCCAGAAUCAAGCUAAGACCCUGACCAUGGAGUGACGGCUGGCCAUUUUAGUGUUGGCUUUUGGAAAAUAAAGUACAUUAUCGCUGCUAA